UAUAAAUAUGGCGAAUUGCGACCUCCGUGCAGUAUCCUAAGAAUCCUGUUGGUGAACACUGGCUGUGUACAAAGUUGAAAAUAAAAAUGAAAAUGGGGUCUUCAAUGUAUGUGGCGUUUUUGGCUGUAGCCGUUGCGGCACUUUUCGGGAACACCCAUGCCAUAUCCGACGAAAACCGUGAGAAGCUCAAGAAGGAGAUGGCUCCGAUCUUCAUGGAGUGCGCCAAGGAGGGAGCCUUGAACCUGGACGACCUCAAGCAGUACAAGGGAGUGAAGGAGUUGCCCGCUGAUGAGGGAGUCACCUGCUUCUUCGCCUGCGCAUUCAAGAAGAUCGGAAUGAUUGACGACAAAGGAAUGUUCGCCGUUGAGGAGUCCGUGGAGAGAGGGAAGAAAUACAUGGACAGCGAGGAGAAACAAAAGCACCUCGAGGAAGCUGCCAACACCUGCGCCUCCGUGAACGAUGAGUCAGUAUCUGAUGGAGACAAGGGCUGCGAGCGCGCCAAGCAUCUGUACGAGUGCCUCAUCAAGCAGGCCGAGAAGUUUGGAUUGGAGCUGCCAACUUCAGCUGUAUAACUUCCACGAAAUACAUCAGUUCCGGAAUGUGAAGUGUCAAGUUCCUAAAUUUAUUUCAGUUUCUUUUUCUACCAACAAAUAUAUUUUUUGAUUUCUUCAUUCA